AUGCAUGAAACGUCCCUGCCCAUACCCCCUCCGCAGGCCAUCGAGGCCAUGUACGCCCGCCAGUCCCGCUGGCAGAGGGAGCGCGCCGCCGCCUUCUUCUCCAGCGAGCUGGGUGGGAUCGUGACCGACCCAGCGCUCAUGCUCCUGCAUGCGGACGAGCACGGUUUCCACCGGGGGCACGCCGUCUACGAGACACUGCGCCUGGAGGACGGCCACAUCUACCUGCUCAAGCGGCACCUGCAGAGGCUCUUCCUCUCCAUGGUCAAGGCAGACAUACCCCUGGCACCAGACUUGGGCGUUGAUCAGAUGGCACGAACGGUGCUGGAGACGGCGGCCGCCUCCACCAAGCUGAGCGGCACCAUCAAGGUCAUCGCCUGCGCUGGACGAGAUGACCUGGGCCUGGCGGGGACCACCUGUGCCGCCUCCUCCUUCUAUGUCCUCGUCUCCUCCACCGCCCCCCUGCCCAAGAGCAAGGAGGAAGAGUAUCUCAGGGGCUGGCACGUCAAGACCAGCCCCGUCCCCGCCAUCCCCGACUACUUUGCGACCCUGCGCAGCGUCGGCAACCUGGCGGUGGUGCUGAGUCAGCACGACGCCGAGGCCGGGGGCUUCGACAUGGGCAUCAUGCAGGACGGGCAGGGGAACGUGGCGGCCGCGCCGGGGUCAAACGUGGCCUGCCUGACCCAGGACGGCGUGCUGGUGGUGCCCCCCUUCGACCGCUGCCUGGCAGAUGCCACCACCGAGCGCAUGCUGGAGCUGCUGCCCCAGGCCAUACGGAGCGGUAUGGAGGGCAUCAGCGCGGUGGAGCAGCGCCACAUCAGCAUCGCCGAGGCCAAGAAGUGCAUCGAGGUCAUGCUGGUGGGUGGCGACCCCGUCCUCAUGCCCGUCCGCAAGUGGGAUGAUGAGCAGAUUGCCGACGGCCAGGCCGGCAUCGUCGCGCUCCAGAUCAGGGUCAUGCUCCUGGACGACAUGGACCCGCACGCUGAGCACGCUGCGCUCGACACCCACCUUCCCGUGCCCUACGGCGGGCUCACCGGCAUGGGACUGUGA